AUGGAACUUCCGAUAUAUGAUGGAAAUAUUCACCCAAAUGAAUGGUUAAAACAAGUUCAAGCAUACUGUUCUUUAAAUAAAAUUACAAAAGAUGAAGAAAUCCUUAAAUUUACAAUAAUAGUGAUUGAUUCUACAAUUAAAAUUCCUGAAAAGAUAACUUCUCUUGAUGAACUUAUUAACGCAUUAAAACAAGAUAUUUCAUACUCAAUCUUUAAUAAGAAAAUGGAAAAUGUUAAUUCAACAAGUGAAUUGAUUGAUGAAUUUGGAAAAUUUUUAUAG